AUGCCUUGCUCGGUCCCGGGAGGGAUCCGGUCGAGGGGAGGAACCCCCGCGCCUCGCGCCGCCCUGCGGACCGGCCCCCGCAGCGGCCGAGGGACCCUUCGGCUACCUCGGCCCAUCCAGGCGCCGCCAGGCCACCUCCUCUCCCAGGCCCAGCGCCUCCCUGGCCCAGAUCCACCCCGCGCCACCGACCCCAUAGGCCUGCCUCGCCCCGACCAGCCCAGCUUCCCAGCCGGCCCGAUGGCCCAAGUCUCCCACAUCGCCGCCGGCCGCAUCUGUGUCUCCGCGCCCGCGGCUCCCGCCGCAUCGACCGCGUCCCCGCCCGCUUCCACAACGGUGGCCGUUGAGGGUAAGCCCACGGUGUUCGUAGCCGAGAGGAUGGGCGCCGCAGGGCUGCCGUUGGUCCAGGAGUUCGCCAUCGACUGCUCCUACGGCCUCUCCCCCGAGGAGCUCCGGGCCAAGACCUCGCUCUGCGAUGCGCUCAUCGUGCGCUCUGGCACCAAGGUCGGCCGCGAUGUCUUCGAGGCCUCCGGCGGCCGGCUCCGCGUCAUCGGCCGCGUGGGCGUCGGGAUCGACGGCGUCGAUCUCACCGCCGCCACCAAGCACGGCUGCCUCGUCGUCAACGCGCCCACAGCCAACACCGUCGCUGCCGCCGAGCACGGCAUCGCGCUCAUGUGCGCCAUGGCCCCGAACAUCGCCCAAGCCGACACAUCCCUCAAGGCUGGUUGCUAUUGA